AUGGCCAUAGAGAAUCUCUUGGAUAUCUCCCUUUGGGGAGUCCCUCUGUUACCCAGUGAAGGUCACGAUGGCACCGAUAUCAUCCUGUUGAAGUUCUUAAAAGCCAAAGAUUUCAAGGUUUCUGAAGCAUUCGAGAUGCUUCGAAAGACUUUGAUAUGGCGGAAGGAAUUCAAGACUGAUGGGAUUUUAGAAGAGAAGUUUGAUUCACAAUUUGAAGACUCACGGUUGUCAUAUUUCUGUGGUACUGAUAGAGAUGGUCGCCCACUGUUGUACAAUUACGUAGGGGUUUAUAAAGACAGAGAUUUGUACAAGAAGACAUUUGGGACAGAGGCUAAACACGAAACAUAUGUGCGUUGGAGAAUCCAAGUUAUGGAGAGGGGUUUACAAAAGUUGAGCUUUAAACCUGGUGGGGCUGAUUCAAUUAUUAGUAUUAUGGACAUGAAGGACUCACCGGGUCCCCGGGCGAUUAAGGAGCUGCGAUUUCUCGGCAACAAAGUCAUUUGGAUGAUGAAUGACUUCUACCCAGAGACCAUUCGAAGAUUUAUAUUCUUAAAUGUCCCUCUUUGGUUUUAUGCAUACCAUACUAUCACCUGCAAGAUCUUAGAUCUGAGGAAUAGAAAAAAGUUCAUCUUUGUCCGGCCAACCAGCGUUGCAAAGACCCUUACCAAGUCUACUGCCCCAGAACAACUUCCAGUUCAAUAUGGUGGUCUUAGAAGGGAAAAUGAUGAUGAGUUCUCGCCGGAGAAUAAAGUUUUGGAGAUGACUGUUGGAGCAGGUGCAAUAGAAAGCAUUCAAAUUCCAGUUCAUGAGCCAGGAGUGACGGUGGUGUGGGAUGUUACAGUCGUGGGAGGCGAUGUGGUUUACAGAGAGGAAUUUAUUCCUGAAGAUGAAUGCUCUUACACCAUACUAAUUCAGAAGGACAAGAAAAUGGAAACAUGUAUUAGAAAUUCCUUUUACAUUAAUGAACCUGGGUUGAUUCUGUUGACAAUUGAUAAUGGGGGCUUCAAGAAGAAGAAAGUUUUCUAUAGAUUGAAAUCCAAACCCACCGUCCCCAUGCAUAUGCUCUGCAGUCAUUAG